AUGCCAGCCUAUGAUGACUCCCUUCACUGCCCGGGAAAGGGUGCCAGUGCCCUCAACCGUGGAACGAGUAUCAAAGCCAAGCACUCCCCUCCACAGAGACUGGGAGGGGCUCCACUGAAGACUCCGUCGCCGGUGACGGAUCUCAGUCACCGUCGCGCAAAGCGCAAGCGGUCAGAAGAGCGCCUGGCCAGUGACAAGGCGCCCAAGAAGGCGCGCCAUGGCAGUCCGCCUCGAACUGACACCAAGAUGCCUCAAAUUGACCCCAAGAUGGUGAUCGACCUCACAGGCGACGACGUGGAUUCGGUCAAGAAGCCUCUGUUCAAGAGUGCAAAUCUUUUUGCAAAUCUUUCUGCAAAUCUUUCUGCAAAUCGUUCUGCAAAUCGUUCUGCAAAUCGUUCUGCAAAUCGUUCUGCCAAUCGUUCUGCAAGACUCAUCACAGACACCGCUCCCGUUGAUCUCACCAGCGACUCUGAAGUCAAAGCUGUUGACACUCCCCGAGACGGACGUGGUCCAGCUCCCCGUGAUGUGAAACGACCCAUCACUCGCACGCCUAAAGGCGACAAGGACCUCGACUUCAUGCUCGAGUCUGACUCUGAAGACGAAUCUGAGAAGACUCCAGCUGGCACACCCCUUACACCCGCUCGCAAGACCGCAAAGCCUGGCGCAGUCGGGAACGAGUCUGGCCUGGUAACUCCGGGCACACCUAAGGCCCCACGCGCCAUCGAGCAACCGCAGCAACGAACACCUCUCCCCACAAGUAAACCAGCUACCCAGGGCAACCCAUCCCCGGCACAGGGUGCGAUGCCAAUUACUCCGGCGCCUGUCCGAAUGCAGCUGAUGACCGAGUUGCCAUUCCAGCGUGAUGGGCUCGCAACUGGGUCCCCAGGCGCUUCCGGCGCUCUGGGAUCACCCUCCAGGACUGAACCAGCGGGAGAGGGCACCGAGAACAUUGCCCUUGGCCUCGCUAAGACAUCAUUGUCUGCCCCCCUCGAGAGAGAGGCCUCUGACGAGUCUGAGUCGUCUGAGUACCAGCCACGCCGAGGACGCAAGUCUGGUUCUCAAGUCGUGGUCCGAAAGCGCGCCGUUGGCACUCGGAGGACUCGUGUCCAGGCCAAGCCCAGAGAGAAGCCGGCACGCCCCUCUCGCAUCGUGGUGCUCGCAGCAUCGCCCCUGGACCUGUUGCGGAUUUCUUUGCGGCCAAAGCAGCGACCCGACAUCCCGAUAGGAACGAAAUGCUUCCUGGUCCCGCUGCCUGUCGAGCUGCAAUGCAACAUAUACAAAUACUUGCUGCUUGCAGAUGGCCCCAUUCGGCUCCUUCACCAAUGGUCGCAACUUCACCACAACCAGCGCUCAGGUCUCCACCCCGCCAUCCUUCGAACCUGCAAGGCGAUGUUCAGCAGCGGCGUUGCCUACCUAUACGGUGAGAAUGUCUUUAGGUAUCUGGUCCGCGACACACACAGGCACCAUGCUUUCCAGUCCUCCAACUGCCGCAUCAAUGUGCCCAAGUACAUGCCCCUCUUUCGCAACCUCGAGCUGCAGAUCGAGCCCUCCCGGACAGAGAACGCGUACUGCACUGCGAUGGGUGUCGCGAUCGAGCGGCUGAGCGAUAACGUUACCACCAACCUCGAGAGAAUCACCAUUGACGUGUCGCCUAAAGUCGAGGGUGAAACGGUGACGGUUAUUGGAUACUUCUACACGAAUGGACCGAUCGUCCAGGCUCUGAAGACUCUGAACACCAGGUACAUUGUCCUGCGUGUGUUUUUGCUUGUGCCCGUGGCUGAGAUCGACGAUGAGACCGACGAUGAGAUUGACGAUGAGACCGACGAUGAGAUAGAGGAUGAAGACGAGGCUGAGGCAGUUGCUGAACCAGUCGCUGAGCCAAUCUGCCUGAUCAAAAAGUUCGACAUGCGACGUGAGCCAAACCCGUUUGACAAGGGAACAGCGAAGCCUCCCGCCGAUCAGCUGGACGACCUGUGUUCUCUGAUCACUCGCGCGGUUGAGAACCCUGCAAAGGUCGUCGCAGAAGGCUUGUUCGAGAGGUGCGAUGUGGUCCCGCGGCAGUAUGGUCGCCACGCCGGCUCGUUGCCGGUUACAUAUGGAAACGACGGACUCGGUGACGGGGACGAGAGUGGUGAUGGCGACAAUGGAGACAGCGAUUACCAAGACUCAGACUCGGACUCGGACUGA